UAAACGGCUUUUUUGCAUUCAAUAAAUUUAAUUUUUUCAUUGAUGGAUUUUUCUAUUUCACUGUUCGCAUUCAGCUUAUGCUUUAAAUAUUUGGUAUUUCACUAGCUGUACAUUGUUUUGCGGGAGUUAUAGUAUUUGUUUAAAAUUGUCCAAUACAUUACCACAAUGGCUUGUAAAGAGUUUUUCAUUUAUACCGAUCGAAAUAAAUUGCGUACGCCGUCAAACACAGAAUAUAGAGUUGACAAAUUGCUGAAACCAAAAGAACUUAAACCAGCCAUAAAAUCAUGUAAAAACGAAUUAAAUGUAGAUGGAGCAGUUUUCGUUUUAAACAAUUUCGAUAAAUUGUUUUCCGUUAUUGAAUAUGUUGAUCAGCUUGAAUACAGAGAUUUACAUUAUGUUUAUGACGAAAUACUUGUUAAAAGUUUAAAUAUUAUUGCAUCAUUUUUAUUUAAUUAUGGAAAUAUUGAAGACAUUCAAACGGAUAUGAAACAACAAUAUGUAAACAUUAUAAAGAUGACUGUUUAUUUGUUUGUAGAAUUUGUGAAUAGUUUUAAUGCAAAAAUUGAAACUGAUUACAAAUUAUUACUGUUGGAAACAAAAGGUCGAAAUAAAAAACAAGACAUGAUUCAAAAACACACUUCUGAUUAUGAUUGGAAUUGGGAAGAAGAAAUGAGUAUUGGAUUUAAAGCAAUUUUUUCCAUUAUUACAAAUGACAUUACUCAAUUGUACGACCCUCCAUAUAUAGAUCAUACAUUUGUAUCGUAUUUAGCUUCCUGUUGCUAUUCUCAAUUAGAAAAUCCAAGCAUAGCUUUUGUACGUACCAAACCUCUUAGGGACAGUGUAAUGCAGAUAUUAAUUUUACUAAUUACAAAUUACGAUCAUUCUCAACAUUUUAAAGUCAAAGCAGUUCAAUUGUUAAAAAUGUAUGAACAUUUAGCAUUGCCUAUGGCAAAAGUAGUGUUAGAAGUUGUCGAAUCUGGUAAUAACCGAUCAUCUUUAAUCGAAUUAAUUGUAAAAGAAAUAGCAGAAACGGGAGUUGUUGAAGGCAUCAAAGAAACCAACUCUCAAGAAAUAACAGGAGGCAAGUCUUGUUGCGCAUUUCUUGUGGAAAUCGCCAAACACAGCCCGGAAUUACUUUUGUCCAACAUUGAACAUAUGUUGCCAUGCUUGGAAUCUGAUCCCUACACUAUGAGAAUUUGUGUUCUCAGCGUAUUAAAAGAACUCAUAAUUCAUGUUUUGAAUAAUGACGAAUUGGACGAAUUAGGACGUAAAACACGAGACGAUUAUUUAUCAAUAAUACAAGACCAUUUACUUGACAUCAAUGCUUACGUGAGAUCCAAGGCUUUACAGCUACUUACGGCCAUAAUAAAUGCUGACUGUUUGCCAAAACAAAUGUACAAAGAAAUUCUGAAUUGUGCAGAAGAAAAACUCAGCGACAAAAGUUCUUAUGUUACCAAAAGCGCAAUUAAUUUGACUAAAACAUUAAUUCGACUAAAUCCUUACAGUUCAGAUUUUACAGAAAAAAAUUUGAUGGAAAAAUUAGAAAUAGAAAACCAUACGUUAGACAAAAUGAAAGAAGUACUAGAGGAGAAAACUGAUGGCGGACUUUCUAAAGAUGAAUUGUGGCCAACAAUUGAACCCCAGUUGAAAAUGUAUUUGGAGAAAAAACUUGAAGGGCGCAAUAUAAAUUCGUUUAAAAGCUUCGAGCCGCUGGAGGAUAUGCCCUUAAGUGAAGUUUUGAUGAGAAUUAAAAGUUAUAUAACCCUUCGAAAAUUCAAAGUCGCUUUAAAAUUGUUAUUACGUGCUAGAGAAACGUUCAAAGAUCAACCGCUGUUUAAAUUGCCAAACGAUAAUAAUUCAUUUACAGAACAGUUUUUUUUGUGCAUGAAAAAUAUUUGGUGGAAUAAAAGUUCAAUAUCCAAUUGUAGUUUUGAAAACUUUGAACAAAUGACUCCUGAAGAAUUGAGCAGCAAAAUAUAUUCUGCUGAGGCCAAGAUCACGUAUCUUCAUGACUGUGCAGCAUAUUUAAGUACCAUAAAAAAAUCAUUGACAACUAUCAGUCAAUUGAUGUUAGGCAAUACUACAUCCGAAUGUUUAGAGGCUAUAGAUUUCUUUACGACCGCUCAUCAGUUUGGCGUACCACACGCUCAGUUAGGGAUUGAUGCAAUGAUCACAUUGAUAUAUUCAAACGAAUCAAAUAUAAAGGAGGCUAUGAUGAACUCUUACAAAACAAUAUACUUAAAUAUCGAAGAAGAUAACGAGACGUCCACUAAUCAGCCGCAAAUUAUUAUGAAAAAACUUUUGAAUUUAGUGAAAACUUUAAAUGUAACAAAUAGAAAAGCAUUUAAAAUGUUAUUGUACGAAUGGGUUAAAAAUAAAACAAUAGACGAUGAUUGUAUCAUGCUGUUGUGGGCAUGGUUCACUAAGUCCAUCUCUAUACCUCGGGAAGAUCGAGUUGUUGCCGCUCUACUUAUUUCUAUGUUUGCCAGUGCAAAACCUUGUAUUGCAAAAGGAAAUCUUGAAAAUUGCAUUCAGUAUGGUUUAAACGACAAUUAUCAGCUAUUUAUAUAUACUUGUCAAAUUUUAGAAAAUAUUGGCAAAGAAGAAUUCAAAAGACUACCAAACAAUCACGAAUUGGUUGUCAAAAUAUUAAAAGCGUGUCAAAAAAGUUUUACCGAUUGCGGCGUGGAUUUAUUCAACGAUGUCGCUUCCAAUGCUAUUAAUAUAAUAUAUAAAUUGACCGUAAAACCAGACGUAACAUGUAAAUUGUUGUUAAUUAAAUUAUAUGACAUUAUGAAAAACCUAAGUCAAGGUCAAGAAGAACAAACUAUUGACUUAGAUGCCGACUUAUUGGCUAAGUAUAUAUUUGUUGUCGGACACACUGCUUUACAGCAGUGUAACCAUUUGGAAAAUUACGUUUCUAAGGAGUUAAUUUGUUGCGUAAGGGUAAAGUAUCAAUCAAAAAAAACAAAAUCUAAAGAAACCAAAGAAGACGAAAGUAUUCAUGAUUCGGAAGCGGCCGAAGUUGAAGCUAUCAAUGAACAAAUUCGUCAGAUUUGCGAUAAACAGCUAAUUACAGGGAAUGGAAUGUUAUCUCAUUUUUCAAAACAUGUAUUAAAUGCAUGUAAUUCAGAACAUCAAAAUUUAAAGUGUAACUCAAUGAUAACGCUGAUUAAAUUUAUGUUGGUCUCGGGUUCGUUCUGUCAAAAAAAUUUACAGAUGUUUAUGGAUCUCAUGGAAAAGUCGGAAGAUUCGGCUACACGUAUUGACCUUGUCAUUGGAUUUGGCUCGUUAGUUUUCAAGCAUCCUAAUUUGAUGGAACCUUAUACCGAUAGGCUUUAUGCUCGAUUAAAAGACGAUUGUGUCAAGGUACGAUACACUGCUUUACUUACUAUCGUCGAUCUAAUACGUCAAGAAAUGAUCAAAGUCAGAGGACAAAUUGCUGGUAUUGCUAAGUUACUGGUGGAUGAAGACGAAAAAAUCAAACAAAUUACAAAACAAUUUUUUGGAGUUAUAUCUGAAAAGGGAAAUUCUUUGUAUAACGUUUUAUCGGACAUUAUAUCAAUACUUUCAAAUCCAGACGAUCUAUUACCAGAAAAUGAUUUUCAAACUAUUAUGAAAAUUUUACUUCCCUUUAUCACUAAGGAACGUCAACUUGAAUCAUUAGUCGAAAAAUUAUGCUUGCGACUAAAAGAGUCUACACACGAUAUCCAAGCUUCUUACUUAUCGUUUUGUUUGAUGUUUAUUAAAUAUUCAGACAAAAGCUUGACUAAGCUCUUGGACAACAUAUCUCAUUACAGUGAAAAGUUGAAAAAUCCUUUGGUUUACAAUAAUUUUAAUAUCCUCAUCAGCAAUAAUUCCAGAAUGGCAAAACCUACGACCAAAGACAUUUUAAACGAACUUUCUGACAAGAUUGAAAAAAUAGUAAUUGACGAAAAUAUGGUCGUUCCACUAUCACAAAAAACACCAGUAAAACGUUGUAAUACAGUUAAAAAGAAUCCAAUAAAGAAUCGUACUAAUCUGGAAACGGAUGUCGAAGAACCUUCUCAAACUGUGACUAAACGAAGUGCUAGAUGUCGGACUACAGUCAAAAGACGCCUUAUGGUCGACAACAGUGAAGAAGAAGAAAAAGAGAAAGAUGAUGUUGGAAGCAAUGAAGAAGAGGAACCAGCUCGUACAACUAGAAAUAGUACUAUAAAAAGAGUCCUCAAAUCUAAAAUGAACGAAGACAGUGAAAGUGAUGAAGUGGAAGUUUUUAAGCGAACAACACGACAAAACAAAAGCGUUAGUAAAAAAAAAUUACAAUACCAAAAAUGAGGUUCCACAUUUUUUUAAAAAAUUAACUUCAGAUUUUGAAAUUUUAUUUUAUGACAAAAUAGCACACACUUUGUUUUAUUCAGAAUGUUUUGGUACAUAUAGAUUUUUUUUUGUACCUGUAAAAUUAAUGCCUUGUACCUGCAUAUAUUUUGUUUUUGAUCAUUUAUAUUUAUUAUUAUUUUUAAAGGUUUAAUAACUAAAAUCUAUGCUAAUCCUUAAUAAAUCAUAUAUGUAUAUUUA